CUUUUCUCAUUCUCCCGAAUGAACCACACAAUAAGGCAAGCAGUGAGGCGGUUCGUGUACGAGAACCAUGGACUCAUGCGGCGGAUGUACGGGGACGUGCGCCAGGGGUCGGUGCUGCGGGAAGAGCUCCUGGCUGCCGAGGACGCCCUUUUCUCCGAGGAGGCGGCCAAACAGCGCUACAGCAGUGCCACUAGCCAUCAUGGACGCCAACAACAACAACAACAACAGCAUCAAGACCAGCAGGGGUCGUCUCGUGAGCCACGACUCAUGAUGGUGGACACUGCAGUCUUGGGCGACGUGGUGGACGGUGUGGCUGACUUAUUGAGCAUGGACAGGUACAUGAGUGAUGAACCACACUUGCUGCAGCGCAGGGGAAGGGAGUUGCUUCGCAGGGACCAGCAGAACCACUUGACUGCCAACCACAUUGUUGCCACGUAUGACGAGAAACCAUCUUUUGAUGGUGGUGGUGGUGCCUCCUCAUCCAUGUCCACCACCAGAGAAGAAGGAGGGGAAGUCAGGUUCCAGGGAAUGUUGCCAACUGCCCAGUUGGAAGCCAUAGCCAAAGUUCAAUAUGUUCACUCUUCAGUCCCUGGACAGCAGAACAAGUUCUCCUUUGGACACCAGUCUCAUCACAAGUAUGACCAGUUUGAGAAGGAGCCUGUGCCAGAAGUGGUGCCACUUGGUGGCAAUCCAGAUACCAGCAGUGAGCAGCCUUGGGCUACACCAGUGGGGAGUAGCACAACACCCAUCACCACAUCUCCAUCAGGACAUAAUAAUGAGAAUUCCACUAGCAGUAGUGGUGCUGGUGGUGGUGGUACAGUGACUGUGUCUGAGGAAGCUGUGGGUCCACUGGCCACAACUCUGCCAACAGCAGCAUCCCUUUUAGUUGACAACAGCAGUACCUUAUUGGGAUCUGGUGGUGGUGGUACAGUGACUGUGUCUGAGGAAGCUGUGGGUCCACUGGCUACAACUCUGCCAACAGCAGCAUCCCUUUUAGUUGACAACAGCAGUACCUUAUUGGGAAAUGUCACUGCAUUCCACACCACUGCAUCUGUUACCUUGCUGGAGACAACUACUGGUGGAGACAAUGGAAGUAAUGAGGAUGAGGAAGACUUUCCCACAACUACAGCUGCUGUGACUGGUAGAAGAACACAGUCACCAGGUGGCGAGGCCACAGAAAGCACAGAACCCCUGAUGGAAAUUACAGAGGUAGUGCUGGAAGAGCGAAGGAGACCAAUUGAAGUGACAAAUGAUGAUGACUACCAGCCAACUUCUGAGACAGUGACUGAAACCCCAGUGCCAGUGAAAACAUCACAGAGACCCAACAACAAGUACCACAAUAUGAAAGGAGUGUACGAGCACAAGCAGAUGUACUGCAGGGACGGAUGCAGAUGCGAGCAGCAAUACCGACUCCACCGACUCCUGGCCUUCGACCCCAACAACGAGUGCAGAGGCAUCUUCUCCGACUGGUUCAAGUUCCCCUCGUGUUGCGUGUGCAAGUGCUACGACUUGCCCUUCCUACGUCCCGAAAAUAAUGAUAAUGAUGAUGAAAACAACAACGGAGAUGAUGAUGAAGAAGAAGACGACCAAGAACAAGAACUACAACAGGAUGAUGAAGUUGGUGCUGAUGAUGAUGAAGAAGAAGACGACCAAGAACAAGAACUACAACAGGAUGAUGAAGUUGGAGCUGGUGGUGGAGCAGCAAUGUUAUUGACAUCAGCUGGGGAGCCGGAGAAAAACGCAGGAGCAGCAGCAGCGACACCUAGGGAUCAUGAGCAUCAGCACGACGGCGAGGUCUCGUCAAUGCUGCCGAUGGAUGACAGCAGCAGCGGCAUCGAAGACACGGCUGAUGAACAAGACCUUUACUCGCAACGCACCCCUCGGCAAAGAACCCUGAGCUACUUGGACACUGAUUUCGGGCCAGCAAACAUCGAGCCGUUGGAUCAGGCGGAUUUCCUCGCGUAUCAAAUGUCUGGUGGACGCGAGGAUGAUGACGAUGGUGACCUGCAGAGCUUUGCUGGUCAUCAUCAUGCACAGACACCAAUGGACUCUGCUGUCAUGGGAGCAGAAAGGGUUGAAGCCCCAACAUUUGCAUACAACAACAACAAUCAACAAGGGGAGACCCACGAGGCAGCCAUGUUUGGUGCAAUAGAGUCCAGAGUCCUAGAACCACAAGCAAGACAAAUGCCUGAUUUUCCAGUGUUGGAAUUGAAUAAUCCUCCUUUGCCACUUGUCAGACGGCCCAGAGGCCUGAUGGUGGGGAACUGAUGAUGAUUAGGUUGUUGCAAGUUACUUUUGCAUCAUUUCUGAU